CCCGUAGCUCCGCCCACCGCCAGGGAGUGAGUGAACACCUACAGGAGCUUCUGUUUACACUCUGUGUCAUAGCUGUGUUUUCCUCUACAAAUUCCCACAGCCAAUUCCUCCCUCAUUAUGGGGGACAAGGCAGGCACCCGGGUAUUCAAAAAGUCCAGUCCUAACUGCAAGCUUACAGUAUACCUGGGGAAAAGAGAUUUUGUGGAUCAUCUUGAUCAUGUAGACCCCGUUGAUGGUGUGAUCCUGAUCGAACCCGAAUAUCUCAAAGAAAGAAAAGUGUUUGUGACUUUAACCUGUGCUUUCCGGUAUGGCCGCGAGGACCUUGAUGUUUUAGGGCUCUCCUUCCGGAAAGACCUUUACAUCUUCACUUUUCAAGCCUAUCCUCCUAUUCCAGAGGAAUCCAAGCCCCACAGCCGUCUGCAGGAGAGACUUUUGAAGAAACUGGGGCAGAAUGCCUAUCCUUUCCAUUUCACUAUACCUCAAAACUUGCCAUGUUCAGUUACCCUGCAGCCCGGGCCUGAGGACACAGGAAAGGCCUGUGGGGUGGAUUUUGAGAUCAGGGCUUUCUGUGCCAAAUCGAUGGAAGACAAGAAUCACAAAAGGAAUUCAGUGCGACUAGUGAUUCGUAAAGUCCAGUACGCCCCUGAGAAAACCGGCCCACAGCCGAUGGUGGAGACUACGAGGAGUUUCCUCAUGUCAGACCGGUCUUUACACCUAGAGGCUUCAUUAGAUAAAGAGCUGUAUUACCAUGGAGAACCCAUCAGUGUUAACGUCCAUGUUACCAAUAAUUCAACCAAGACUGUCAAAAGGGUUAAAAUAUCAGUACGACAGUAUGCUGAUAUCUGUCUCUUCAGUACAGCGCAGUACAAAUGUCCAGUGGCUCAUAUAGAGGCAGACGAUCAAGUGGCAUCCAGCUCUACAUUCUGUAAAGUGUACACACUCACACCCACUCUCAACAACAAUCGAGAGAAGAGAGGGCUGGCGCUGGAUGGAAAACUCAAACAUGAGGACACCAACCUGGCGUCCAGUACUAUUGUGAAGGAUGUGAGUAAUAAGGAAGUUCUGGGUGUCCUGGUGUCCUAUCGGGUCAAAGUCAAACUGGUGGUCUCCCGUGGAGGGCUUUUAAGCAGCUUGCUGGAGAGGGAUGUUUCGGUGGAACUGCCUUUUGUCUUAAUGCAUCCAAAACCUACAGACUACACCCUUUUCCAGUCAAACUCUGCUGCUCCAAUGUUGGAUCCACCGAUUGACACCAACUUGAUAGUGUUUGACACAAACAGUUUAACCCCAGAUGACGACAUCGUAUUUGAGGACUUUGCUCGCUUGCGGUUAAAAGGAAUAAUCGACAAGGAGGAGGACUGCUGAAUUUUUAUCAUCUCAUUCAC